UUUAUUUCAAUUUUUCGAAGCAAAAUGUGGGAACCACGACAGAACGGAGGAAACGAACGAAACUUUUACGAGGAGAUUAUCCAGAUUCAUCUUCAGAAAGGACCAGUCGAACAUGAAUACUCUUUUGGAUUUUUGAGUGAAUUGCUAGAAGAUGCUUUGGAAAUCAUGGACGGAACUUCCCGGGUUGAAUACAUUACUCCACCGGUGAAUAUUUGUGGUGACAUUAGAAGUCGUUACGGUGAUGUUCUCGACAUUUUCAAGACUUGUGGCUGGCCAUUCGAACAAAAAUAUGUAUUUCUUGGAAACCUUAUCGAUGGCGGAAAGUUCAGUCUGGAAACUUUGGUUAUUCUUCUUUGUUGCAAAAUUUGCUAUCCUCAGAAUUUUGUGAUUCUUCGCGGAUUUUAUGAACAUGAGCUGGUCAAAUCAGACAGAAGCUUCAUUGGUGAAUUGCGUGUAAGAUUCCCGGAUUCCAACAAGUGGCAAGCUCUGAAUGCAAUUAUCAAAAGUCUUCUGAAACGUCUUCCAGUCAUGACGGUCUUGAACAGAAAACUGUUGUGUGUCAAUGGAAUGGUGACGUCAAACAUCAAGAAUGAGAAGAAUGUGGUCUCAGUGAAAAAUGGAAACAUGUUUGAAAAUCAUAAUACUCGCGUGGAAGUUCAAUUUUUGGAUAUUGACAUCCCAUCCCCAGUUACACCAAACAAGAUUGACGAAGAAUCGAAAAUUAUCAAGGAGCUACUGAAGUCGAUGGAUAUGAGCAUGAUGAUUAAUUCAAAUAAUGUAGUCAGAGAAGGCUAUCGAUUCACUCUCAAAAACCAGCUUAUCACCAUCACCAGUGGCACAAAACUGCAGAAAAAUUACAAUAAUCGUGGUGUCGUUAUGAUGAUGGAUCGGCACAAUAAAGUGAAUUUCAAAUCAAUUCAAGGAAUUGAUGGAGAAGAUCGAACUGAUUUGGCCAGUGUUCCACUGAGAUGUUAGCUGAAAUAUCCGAGCGAAAAUGAUUCUAGAAAGCAAUGCACAGCGUGAAUAUACAAAUAAAUCCACUUCCCUGUGUUUCUUGAUUUGUUUUUAUCAUUUUGCACCAAAAACCAGAAAC